CUCCUCUGCUGCUCACCUGAAGCAGCGCAACGUGAGAAACAGACAGGCGGACAGGCAGACAGGUACACAGGGAAGCGGAGCCGGAAGAACGAGCAGGUCGACUUGUCCAGAUAGUUUCUUCCAUAGUUCUCCAGAAGUUUCCUAGAUUACAACUCUGCCCUUUGCUUUUUUUUAAAAACGCGAUUUAUUUAUGAGAGUGAAGCGGCGUUGGAGAAAACAUGACAGAGCAAAGAAAGAAGUUGAUUCUGAUCGUGGUGGAUAUUCUUUGUGUCUUUGUUGCGGCUCUGCCCUCAGCCAUCCUGACACUGAUGUUCAGCCCGUACCAAAGAGGAAUCUACUGCGAUGAUAAGAGUAUUGGCUAUCCCUACAGGAGAGACACCAUCUCCCAUGGAGCAAUGGCUGCCGUCACCAUCACCUGCUCCAUCCUCAUUAUCACCACGGGAGAAGCCUACCUUGUUCACACAAAGCGUCUGCACUCCAACUCCCAGUUCAACCAGUACUUGUCAGCUCUUUACAAGGUGGUAGGCACCUUCCUGUUUGGAGCAGGUGUCAGCCAAUCACUGACCGACCUGGCCAAGUUCACUAUAGGUCGUCCUCGUCCAAACUUCUUGUCCGUGUGCGCUCCGGUCAGCUGUACCGGAUACAUUCUGCAGAUCAACUGUACCGGCUCCCAGCGCAAUGUAACUGAAUCCAGGUUGUCGUUCUACUCCGGCCACUCGUCCUUCGGGAUGUACUGCAUGCUCUUUUUGUCGCUCUACAUCCAGGCCCGAAUGCAGGGGAAGUGGACGCGACUGGUUCGACCGACCAUCCAGUUCUUCCUGGUGGCGUUUUCGUUUUAUGUCGGAUACACGCGUGUGUCUGACUACAAACACCACUGGAGUGACGUACUGGUGGGGCUGCUGCAGGGAGCGCUCAUCGCUGUACUCACUGUCCGAUACGUGUCCGACUUCUUCAAGCAGCGCCCCCCACUCUGCACACACACGGACGAAGCAGAGAUCGAAAACCUUGAACGCAAGCCGAGCCCGCAGCCUCCCGACUCGCAGCACAGAAACCACUACAACUACUCUGGACCUGUAUGAGCUCUUUGCAGCAGCAGCUCUUGCCAACUUGGGGCUACACACACUCCAACAGCAGCUCCAUCACCACAGGACCUGAGACUUAUACAGAAAAACAACACAAUGCAGUAACCACUAACUAGAAAUCCAGACUAGACCUGCUCCACUCAGCAAACGGCUUCCAAACAGUUUUACAGCUUUGAAAACUCAGAUUCCCCAAACCUGUUGAAACAGAAGCUCCACCGUCUGUGUGUUUUAGUUGUCUGUGUGUUUUAGUUGUGUGUGUGCUGCGAAAACACGUGGUUGUUUUUGUGUACAUGUGAAACGAGUUGUUCAGUUUGAAAGUGUGCAAUGUUAGAUUUGUUUUGUGGCUUUUUCUUCUUAGUUUUGUGCUGCUUUUAUGAGACAAAUGUUUCAAAUUUGUGGUGGAGAAUUUGUUUAAGUGAAAAGCAAAGACUGCCAAAGAGAUCUGUAAAUUUCAAAAACACCGGCCAAAAAAUACCUGUCCUUGCAAAGAGUGACAACAUUGGUGGUUGAAUGUUUUCUACUUUGUUGCUUACUGCAGUCAAAUAAGACUUAUUUUACCUACACUGGAGCUAGAUUAUAUCUGUCUGUUCCGUCAUUUGUUUAUCGUUCCUCAGCAGAUGUCUAUAUUUAAGUGUCUUUAGAACAUAUGCAUGUGUAAUGAUGGACUGCUUUAACAAUAGACAUGAUUUUGUAUAGUGCCAACAUUUAUUUUGUUUUAUAACUUCUUCUGUAUCUAAUAAAAUAGUGUCGCUUUUUAAG